AUGUUUAUUAUAAAUUGGUUUCGAGACAUUUUAGCCCAUUUGGGGUUGUCACAAAAGAGCGCUAGAAUAUUAUUUUUAGGAUUGGAUAAUGCUGGUAAGACGACCUUAUUGCAUAUGCUUAAAGAUGAUAGAGUUGCUCAACAUGUCCCAACUUUACAUCCACAUUCUGAAGAAUUAGUUGUUGGUAAAAUAAGAUUUAAAACAUUUGAUUUGGGUGGGCAUGAAACAGCAAGGAGAAUAUGGAGAGACUAUUUUGCAGCCGUUGAUGCAGUUGUGUUUAUGAUUGACACAACUGAUCGAUCACGAUUUAGUGAAGCAAGAGAAGAGUUAAAACAUUUAUUAGAAACAGAAGAAUUAAGUACUGUUCCAUUUGUUGUAUUAGGAAAUAAAAUUGAUAAACCUGAUGCAGCAAGUGAAGAUGAACUAAGACAACAUUUAAACUUAUAUUCAAAUUCAACUAUUAGUCACAUUAAAGGACGUACAGGUGUUAGACCAGUCGAACUAUUUAUGUGUAGUGUUAUAAGAAGAAUGGGGUAUGCAGCUGCCUUUAAAUGGAUAUCUCAAUUUUUAACAUAA